AUGGCUACAACAUAUGUCAAGGAAUAUGUUGACUUUUUAGUUGAAAGAUAUGAUUAUUAUCUAGCCAGAAGAGAUGAAAGAGUUAUGCAUUGGCCAUUCUUGAAUAGACCAAAUGAGAUGCUCUAUCUGAUCGCUGCCUAUUUGGUGUUUGUGGUCGUCGGUAAAAAGAUCAUGGCCAACAGAAAACCAUUCGAUUUGAAAAUCCCACUCAUUUUACACAAUCUCAUUCUCCUCCUGAUAAGCAUUUACAUCACAAUUGAAACUGCUUAUCAAGCAUACAUCAACGAUUACUCUUUGAUGUGUAAUGCUGUCGAUUACUCUGAUAAAGGUAUUGGUAUGGCCAAAGUCUUGUGGUUAUUCUUUUUCUCGAAAUCAAUCGAGAUGAUGGAUACAGUAUUUAUGAUUUUAAGAAAGAAGUUCGAUCAAGUAUCAGUAGGUAGAUUCACAACUCAUAUCAAUCUAUACCAAAUAACUUUGGUGACUAAUUUCCUUCAUGUUUAUCACCACUCCUCGAUUUUCUUCUUGUGGUGGAUCGGUGCAAAUUGGACACCAGGUGGUGAUGCAUAUUUCUCUGCAAUGAUCAACUCGUUCAUUCAUGUAGUCAUGUACGGUUAUUAUCUAUUGGCUGCUUUGAAGAUUGAUGUUUGGUGGAAGCGUUAUCUAACACAAUUACAAUUGAUUCAAUUUAUUAUUAAUCUAUUUUCAUCGAUCUAUGUAUUGUAUAACGAUUGCCCAUUCCCACAUUGGAUGUUCUACGGUAUGAUCAUCUACAUGUUCUCAAUGUUGUUCCUCUUUGGAGCAUUCUAUUCCAAGGCAUACAUUAGAGGUUUAGAAUCAGUUGGAUCACAUUAUAAUGCUUUCAAUUAUAGUUGCUGCUCAGUCAUUGAUUGUCCAUCUUUAAGUGUGAUUAAUUCACCACUUGAAACCAACGUUGCAAGUAAUGAUUAA